AAUCUUUACAAUAUUACCCAUCCAUCUAUCUAUCUACCAUAUUGCCCACUUCAUAUUCUCAAGGCUUAGUGCUUCUUUUCUCUCUCUACAUUACUUUGUCUCUCUAAACACUGCACAUGUUCUUUUUAUGUUAUAAAUAUAGAGAUGUAUGUGUUUGUUAAAAGGAAAAUGCGAUAUAAAAACAGACAAAAAUAUGAAAGGUGUCUUAUGUUGGUGCAGCCUGUUGUUUGUAAUAUGUUUGUUAGGAGAAAUUAAGGCAGAUAAUGAUGGAGUUUAUAUUGUGUAUAUGGGCUCUGCUGCUACCUCAAGGAACAGCUAUAAUCUACUUCUAACUUCCCUAGAAGAAAGGAAAAGCAUGGCAGUUUUGCAUAACUACAAAAACAGCUUCUUGGGAUUUGCUGCUCAUUUAACAAAAAAAGAGGCAGAUGAUAUCGCACGAAAACCAGGGGUUGUAUCGGUCUUCCCUGACCCAGUCUUGCAACUUCACACAACCCGUUCAUGGGAUUUCCUAAAAUACCAUUCUGGAGUAGAACUCGAUUCCAAACAUAGCGCUAAAUACAACAUUUCAAGUUCAAAUGCAGCUUCAGAUAUCAUAAUAGGCAUUAUGGACACAGGUAUAUGGCCAGAGUCUGAGAGUUUCAGUGAUGAAGGUUUUGGGCCAAUUCCGUCAAAAUGGAAAGGAACUUGCAUGAAAAGCGACGAUUUCAAAACUGCAGACUGUAAUAGGAAACUAAUUGGAGCACGGUAUUACACUGCUGGAGGUGGUCUCACCUCCCCAAGAGACCAUAACGGGCAUGGGACACACACGGCUUCAACAGCUGCUGGCAACACCGUACAUAACGCGUCGUAUUAUGGCCUUGCAAUAGGCUCAGCCAAGGGCGGUUUUCCCGGUUCAAGAAUCGCAUCGUAUCGGGUUUGUGGACCUAGAGGUUGUAAAGGAUCAAAUAUAUUGGCUGCCUUUGAUGAUGCUAUAGAAGAUGGUGUGGAUGUAUUAUCAUUAUCUCUUGGUUCAUCGCCCGGAUAUGGACCUAAUUUUCAUAGAGAUCCAAUUGCCAUUGGAUCCUUUCAUGCAACUGAAAAGGGGAUCACAGUGGUUUGUUCUGCAGGAAACGACGGCCCAAGAAAAGGCUCGGUUGUUAAUGUUGCUCCUUGGAUCCUAACUGUUGCAGCUAGUUCUAUUGACCGUGAUUUUCAGGCAGAUAUCGCAUUGGGUGACAAAACAGUCAUAAAGGGUGGAGGCAUAAACUUUGGUGAAUUAGAAAAAUCUCCGAUAUACCGGUUACUUUAUGGGAUCACAGCUAAAGGAAAUCUUACGACUUAUGACGAAGUUGAUGCGAGAAACUGCAUACCACGCGCAUUAGAUCGAGACAAAGUUAAAGGAAAUAUUAUUCUUUGUGAGAGUACAAAGGGAAUGUACUCGACAAAACAAAAGCUAGCAGGAGUUAAGAGACUCGGUGCAAUUGGGAUGGUUUAUGUUAAUGAUAAUGCAAGAUCAGUCGCUUCCUCUACAGGAUCCUUUCCAAUGGCUACAGUUAAUCGAAAGGAUGGACAAAAGAUUAUACAUUAUGCCAAACAAGAAAGGAAUCCUACGGCAACUAUUCUAGCGACUGUAUCAGUGACCGAAUAUAAGCCAGCCCCUGUAGUUGCCUACUUCUCAGCUAGGGGCCCUUCGUUUGCUACAAAAGACAUACUCAAGCCUGAUGUUGCAGCACCAGGGGUGGCCAUUCUCGCAGCAUGGCCAGACAAAGAUUCUGUAGUAAAACUCACUGGCAAGAAACCCCCUCAUUUCUAUAUACUUUCAGGAACUUCUAUGGCCUGUCCACAUGUUUCUGGCCUCGCCGCCAUGAUCAAAUCUCAACACCCUAACUGGAGCCCAUCCGCUAUAAAAUCGGCUAUCAUGACAACAGCAACUCAAACAAACAACAUGAAGAAGCCAAUCACAACAAACACCGGAUCACUUGCAACGCCCUACGAUUUCGGUGCAGGAGAAGUAAUAUCAAGCCCGCUACAACCCGGUCUCGUUUACGAAACCGAAACAAUCCAUUACCUACACUUCCUAUGCAGCAUAGGCUACAACAUCAACACAAUUAAACAAAUCGCCUCCAAAGUUCCCCCCGAUUUCGCAUGCCAUACAAACCCUAACCAAAAUUUAAUCUCCAACAUGAACUAUCCGUCAAUCGCGAUUUCGAAAUUCAUCGGAAAACAGAUCAUAAUAAGCCGAACAGUGACAAAUGUUGAGAAUAGUGAUACGGUUUACACAGCAUCAGUUGAAGCCCCACAUGGAUUGAAAGUGACAGUUACACCACAUAAACUUGAAUUUAAAAAGAAUAAGAACAAAUUGACUUACCAGGUGAGCUUCAGAUCGGAUGGCGGAUUGAUUGAUGAUAAUUUUGGCGCGAUUACCUGGUCGAAUGAUCGGUACAGAGUACGGAGUCCGUUUGUCGUGAGGAGCAAGUAACACAGAGGAUGAAGAGUGUAGAAGAAGGUAACGAUAAGGAGUAUUGGAACAUAGAAGAUAUAAUAAAUGUGUCGUUAUUACAUGUUUAGAUGUUUAAAAGAAAAUAUGUUUGUUAUUCUCAAAACUAUUUUGGUUUAAGUUGAAUACUACAAAAUGGUAGCAUCACAAUAAUAAUCUUUUUUUCUGGUA